AAGGAUUAAUAAAAUAUUGUUGACAAAAAUUAGCUUUUGCACAUACAAUAUUGGUGGGUGUUUUUUUUGUUUGUUUUUUGGAAGCACAGUUUUUAAAAUGCCAAGAACUGGGAAAGAGAUUUUACCCUACUUGCAUGCUAACAACUUAGCUUGCCACAGUUUUGUAGAAGAUGCAGACCCCCUAGGUUAGAGGUGAAUUACAGCAGUAGCAAUAGUCAGAAUAUCAACAGUUUUACCCCAGUCUCAACAUAGUCAGAAGUCACAUGCACAUGGAGUUAGGCUAAGGAACCCAAAUCUUUAUUAUAAUGAACAAUAAACAUUUCAAGACUACAUGUCUUAUUUAACUGUCCCCAAUUCUUGGAUGUCUGUGCUGUUUCUAGUUUCCAUUAUUAUUAAAAGCACAUAGGUUAUUGAUAGACUGUAGAAGCAUUACAGAUAACAGAAUAUAUGCUGCUCCUGCUUUUGUAGAGAAAGUUAAUAACUAUUUUGGGAAUUUUGACAAAUUGGUUACAAAAUAGAUUCACAUUCUUAAAACUGAAUCUUUGUGCACAUCCUUAAUUUUUUGAGACGUCAACUAUGCAAAAUCUUUUCACGUUUAUUGACAACAGAAUGUGGUAAUUGUCUGUUUUACUAAUCUCACAAGUAAAAAGAAAAAAAUGGAAUUUGUAUUCUCAACAUAAUCAGCCUAACACGUGAUUUUAUCCACCAGAUAAAAACUUAUAUGUAUGUAACAUUCCCUGUUUUGUAUUUAAGGUUUUUGUUUAAUCAAAAAUUUGUUUUUCCUGUUGCCAAUAGCUGCUUUUCUGAUGUAAGAGAAAAUAGCAUCAUUAGAAAACCUAAGCUUAAAAAUAUCUUAAACUUUUAUUAAUUUUAGGAGUUAAGAAGUCUCUGUUCCUUUGCUCCAAACCAGAAGACUUUGUUCCCUGCAUAUAGAGUAGGAGUAAUGUUGGUUAGAAACAGGCUGGUGUUUAAAACUGAAGAUUGCCAUGACUAUUUAACCAAAGCUCUUUGCUGAAGUAAGAUUGUCUUAGAAAUACUAAAUUGGGGUAACCCAAAUCUGUUUUAGAACCAUGAAAAUUUUGCUGGUUUUUGACUUUGACAAUACAAUCAUAGAUGACAAUAGUGACACCUGGAUUGUACAGUGUGCUCCAGAGAAAAAACUUCCUAUUGAACUACAAGAUUCCUAUAAAAAAGGAUUUUGGACAGAAUUUAUGGGCAGAGUCUUUAAGUAUUUGGGAGAUGAAGGUGUAAGAGAAGAUGAAAUGAAAAGAACAGUGACAUCAAUGCCUUUCACUCCAGGGAUGGUGGAGCUUUUAAACUUUAUAAGAAAGAACAAGGAUAAGUUUGAUUGCAUUAUCAUUUCAGAUUCAAAUUCUGUCUUCAUUGAUUGGGUUUUAGAAGCUACCAGUUUUCAUGAUGUGUUUGAUAAAGUGUUUACAAAUCCAGCAGCUUUUGAUGGCAGUGGCCAUCUUACUGUGGAAAAUUAUCAUGCUCAUUCUUGCAAUAGGUGCCCCAGAAAUCUUUGCAAAAAUGUAGUUUUGGUAGAAUUUAUAGAUAAACAGUUACAACAGGGAGUGAAUUAUACACAAAUUGUUUAUAUUGGUGAUGGUGGAAAUGAUCUUUGCCCAAUAACCUUUUUAAAGAAAAAUGAUGUUGCCAUGCCACGGAAAGGAUAUACUUUACAGAAAACUCUUUCCAGAAUGUCUCAAAAUCUUGAGCCUAUGGAAUCUUGUGUUGUAGUUUGGUCUUCAGGUGUUGAAAUAAUUUCUCAUUUACAGUUUCUAAUAAAGAAGUAAUAUGCCAACAA